AGAAACAUUAAUCGGUCAUUUCUUUCUUUCUUUCUAGAAGUAGAAGCAGAAGUUGUUCUUCCCUAUUUCAAAAUUACAAAAAAAAAAAAAAAAAAAAAAAAAAUCACCGAACUUUGUCUCAGCGCAAUGUAUCCAUAAACAAUCAUCUCUAUUUAUUUUUACUUCACCAGUCAGUAAAUCAUCAAUUUAAGCAUACAGUAAAAAAAAAGGGUUUGAGAUUGGUCAAGAAACUGAGAAUCAAAAUCCUUGUAUAAGAAAAUGACGUGGUUUAGAGCUGGAUCUAGUGUGGCAAAGCUUGCAAUUAGAAGAACGUUGUCACAGGGUGGAUCAUAUGCAUCAAGGAAACGUGUUGUUCCUUUCGGAACCCAAGAAUUCCAUACUACAGUUUUGAAAUCAAAAGCACAGUCUGCACCCGUCCCCCGUGCUGUUCCACUCUCACGUUUAAGUGAUAGUUUUCUUGACGGGACUAGUAGUGUCUAUCUAGAAGAGCUUCAGAGAGCCUGGGAGGCUGACCCAAAUAGUGUCGAUGAGUCAUGGGACAAUUUCUUUCGAAACUUUGUUGGCCAGGCUGCUACAUCCCCAGGAAUAUCAGGCCAAACAAUACAGGAGAGCAUGCGAUUGCUAUUGCUCGUGAGAGCUUACCAAGUCUAUGGCCACAUGAAGGCAAAAUUGGAUCCUUUAGGCCUAGAACAGAGAGAGAUUCCUGAUGAUUUAGACCCAGCUCUGUAUGGUUUCAGUGAAGCUGAUUUAGACCGCGAGUUUUUUCUCGGUGUAUGGAGAAUGUCUGGUUUUUUGUCUGAAAAUCGUCCCGUCCAGACGCUAAGAGCUAUAUUAACCAGGCUUGAGCAGGCAUAUUGUGGGAGCAUUGGCUAUGAAUACAUGCACAUUGCCAAUCGUGAACAAUGUAAUUGGAUAAGAGACAGAAUCGAGACUCCAACUUUAAUGGCAUAUAACAGUCAGCGACGUGAAGUUAUCCUUGAUAGGCUUAUUUGGAGCACUCAGUUUGAGAACUUCUUGGCCACCAAGUGGACUGCUGCCAAGCGGUUUGGUCUCGAAGGCGGUGAGACAUUAAUCCCGGGGAUGAAAGAAAUGUUUGACCGGUCUGCAGAUCUUGGUGUUGAGAGCAUUGUGAUUGGAAUGUCUCACAGAGGAAGACUGAAUGUUUUAGGUAAUGUUGUGCGUAAACCAUUACGUCAGAUUUUCAGUGAAUUUAGUGGUGGCACGAGGCCUGUGGAAGAAGUUGGGCUCUACACUGGAACUGGUGAUGUCAAAUAUCAUCUUGGAACAUCUUAUGAUCGCCCAACAAGAGGUGGGAAGAGAAUUCAUUUGUCUCUAGUUGCAAACCCAAGUCAUUUGGAAGCUGUGGAUCCUGUAGUAGUUGGGAAAACUAGAGCGAAACAGUAUUACUCAAAUGAUGUUGAUAGGACCAAGAACAUGGGUAUCUUGAUUCAUGGGGAUGGAAGCUUCGCGGGUCAAGGUGUGGUCUAUGAGACUUUGCAUCUUAGUGCACUUCCAAAUUAUACAACCGGGGGUACCAUCCACAUCGUGGUGAAUAAUCAAGUUGCUUUUACCACUGAUCCAAAGUCUGGAAGAUCUUCACAGUAUUGUACCGAUGUUGCUAAAGCUUUGAAUGCUCCUAUUUUCCAUGUCAAUGGUGAUGAUGUAGAAGCAGUUGUUCAUGCUUGUGAGCUUGCUGCAGAGUGGCGCCAGACUUUCCAUUCUGAUGUUGUGGUUGACAUAAUUUGUUAUCGUCGAUUUGGACAUAAUGAGAUCGAUGAACCAUCGUUUACCCAGCCCAAAAUGUACAAGGUUAUCCGAAAUCACCCCUCAGCACUUGAAAUUUACCAAAAGAAGCUCCUAGAAACUGGUCAAGCUACAAAAGAAGAUAUAGAUAGAAUACAUAAUAAGGUUACUACAAUCCUCAACGAAGAAUUUCUUGCCAGCAAAGAUUAUAUCCCUCAAACAAGGGAUUGGCUUUCAGCUUAUUGGGCCGGAUUCAAAUCCCCUGAACAGCUUUCACGUAUUCGCAACACUGGGGUCAAACCAGAGAUCUUGAAGAAUGUUGGAAAAGCAAUUGCAACCCUUCCAGAUAAUUUUAAGCCACACAGAGCAGUUAAAAAAAUUUUUGCCGAUCGGUUGAAGAUGAUCGAAACUGGUGAGGGUGUUGACUGGGCUGUUGGGGAAGCCCUUGCUUUUGCCACCUUGUUGGUUGAAGGCAAUCAUGUUAGGUUGAGUGGCCAAGACGUUGAAAGAGGUACUUUCAGUCAUAGGCAUUCUAUAAUCCAUGACCAGGAAACGGGUGAGCGUUAUUGCCCUUUGGACCACGUUGUUAUGAAUCAACAUGAAGAAAUGUUUACCGUAAGCAACAGCUCUCUCUCGGAGUUUGGUGUUCUUGGAUUUGAACUAGGUUACUCAAUGGAGAAUCCAAAUUCGCUGGUAAUAUGGGAAGCUCAAUUUGGUGACUUUGCUAAUGGAGCUCAGGUGAUUUUUGAUCAAUUCUUGAGCAGCGGUGAGGCCAAAUGGCUGCGUCAGAUCGGGUUAGUAUUGUUGCUGCCUCAUGGUUAUGAUGGUCAGGGUCCAGAACAUUCUAGUGCAAGACUGGAACGCUUCCUUCAGAUGAGUGAUGACAAUCCAUUUGUUAUACCUGAGAUGGAGCCAACUCUACGCAAUCAAAUUCAAACGUGCAAUUGGCAGGUUGUCAAUGUUACCACUCCUGCAAACUAUUUCCAUGUUCUUCGUAGGCAGAUUCAUAGGGAAUUCCGUAAGCCACUUAUUGUUAUGGCCCCAAAGAACUUACUACGUCACAAAGACUGCAAGUCGAAUCUAUCUGAGUUUGAUGAUGUUCAAGGCCACCCUGGCUUUGACAAACAAGGAACCAGAUUUAAGCGCCUGAUUAAGGAUCAGAGCGAACACUCAGAUCUCGAAGAGGGCAUCAGACGUUUAGUUCUAUGUUCUGGAAAGGUUUAUUAUGAACUUGAUGAAAAGAGGAAGUCAACUGGAGGCAAAGACAUAGCAAUCUGUCGUGUGGAACAGCUUUGCCCAUUCCCUUAUGACCUCAUACAGCGUGAACUAAAGCGUUAUCCAAAUGCAGAGAUUGUAUGGUGCCAGGAGGAGCCCAUGAAUAUGGGAGCCUACACAUACAUCGCCCCUCGUCUUGCAACCGCCAUGAAAGCAGUUAAUAGAGGUAGUUUAGACGACAUCAAAUAUGUGGGUCGUGCUCCAUCAGCUGCCACAGCUACCGGUUUCUAUACGGUUCAUGGUAAAGAACAGUCAGAGCUUGUCGAGAAAGCUAUAACAUCUGAUUCCCUCAUCAAUCCCACAGUUAGCUAGACCCAGUUCAUUACAAAUUAUAAACCAAAUGUUAAAGUGAGAUACGAGAAAGUCACCUGUAGUUGUCAAUCUAACAUUUUGUAGCAUUUUCGGUUUCGUCUUUUAGUUCCACCUUUUAACCAAGACUCUGCUGUAUGCCCUUGGUUUUUUGAGGAGUGUAAUAAUUACACCAGAAACGUGUGUUCGCUUAAGAUGCGUAUACAAAAUCAAAUGACAUUAAUGCUA